AUGGCGGAGGCUUCGCCCAGCACCGGGCCUCGGCGGGCCCGCAGCGGCAGUGAGGGAGCGGCGCCGGCCGGAGCCCUGCAGCUGGAGGAGGUGGAGAUGCAGAUCGGCGACGCCGCCUUCUCGCUGAGCCGCGUCCUGCAGGCCACAAGCGCCGUGUCGGCACAGGUGGAGGCGCUGGCGGCUCGCUGCUCGGAGAACGCGCGCUGCCUGCGGACGUGGCGGGACCUGCUGAAGGAGGGCUACGACUCCCUGAAGCCCAGCGAGUGAGCUGCUGUGGGACCGAGCCGUAUGGGCGUCUGUUUUGCGUGCGUGAAUUGCAGUCGUGUGAAAAUAACGUUGCGACUUUGGACUUCCUCGGAGGCUCAGGUGAUCUCAGGUUCGUGCUGAAGUAACGCACACGGAGUCACACUGCUCCCAGUGCUUUGCGGCCUUUUGAACACUCCUCGUUGCUGGAUGUCUUUGUGAGAACUUCCACAGCCUCCAGCCUUCCCGUGCCUGUGCUCUUUCAAUAUGGAAAGGAUGGGAUCGUGUGGCAGGUUGUGGCUUAUUUACAAGCUUUAGGUAACCCCUCUGUCCCAGACAUUGUUAUUUUAUUGUGGUAUAUUUCUGUGAGGUUGCAUUUUUGUUUUAUGAGAAGUUUUGUUACUGUCAACAAUUCUACACUAUUUUCCGUUGUAAUAAAGUGCCUUAUGGUGGUCCACAUCAGCAGUGUUUACUGUUAGGAUGAAUUGUUCUGAAGCACAAGGAAAAGCUUCCAUCGGUUAGGACAGAACCUGUGAAAUGGACUCUCCCAUCUUGGGGAAGAACUUUUUUUGUACUUGAUGCUGUUUUUAUGUCUUGCCUUAAGCAGUUACUAGUUCAUUAGUUUGGUGCUGUUAACAGGGCCUUUGGGUCUGGAAGAUCACUGUUAUGUAAUAAAUAUCUGUACCUAAACUCCUGUGCCUUUACCACAGCUGCAAAUGCUAAAAUACAAGGGGAAGCUGCAGGAGAAUGUAGCUAUACCCUGGAUCAGCCACAUUUUCCCUGGUAAAGCUAUUUUAAAGAGAAGCUGUAGUUUUGUAAUCAAAGCAAUAAAGUUCUUACAACAAA